UAAAGGUUAGUCGAAGUAAUUUGUACAUGUAGGUAUGGGUAAAGUGACUAUGCAUAGAUAAUCAAAUGGCCACCCCCGCUGUUUAUUUUGGAACUAGACAUGGCGCUCCGGUACUGCUUGCCUUGCGGUAGCAGAGAGAACAGUCUAUGACUUGGGUGACUGGAGUCUUUGACAACUUUUGGGGCCUUCCUCUGACACGCCUAGUAUAUAGUUCCUGGAUGGCAGGAAGCUUGGCCCGAGUGAUGUACUGGGCCAUACGCAUUACCCUCUGUAGUGCCUUACAUUCGGAUGCUGAGCAGUUUCCAUAGCAGGUGGUGAUGCAACCGGUCAGGAUGCUCUCGAUGGUGCAGCUGUAUAACUUUUUGAGGAUCUAGACACCCAUGCCAAAUCUUUUCAGUCUCUUGGUGGGGAAAAGGUGUUGCCGUGCCCUCUUCACGACUGUCUUAGUGUGUUUGGAACAUGAAAGUUUGUUGGUAAGGUGGAGACCAAGGAACUUGAAACUCUCAACCCGCUCCAAUACAGCCCUGUUGAUGUGAAUGGGGUCGUGUUCGGCCCUCCUUUUCCUGUAGUCCACGAUCAUCUCAUUUGUCUUGCUCACGUUGAGGGAGAGGUUGUUGUGCUGGCACCACACUGCCAGGUCUCUGACCUCCUCCCUAUAGGCUGUCUAAUCGUUGUCGGUCAUCAAGCCAACCACUGUUGUGUCAUCAGAAAACUUAAUGAUGGUGUUGGAGUUGUACUUGGGCACGCAGUCAUGGGUGAAUAGGGAGUACUGGAGGGGACUAGGGACACACCCCUGAGGGGCCCCCGUGUUGAGGAUCAGCAUGGCAGAUGUAUUGUUGAAUUUUUUUAUUACCUUUUUAAUUGGGUAUGAAUACAACCAGACGUCACGUUGUUAUCUUAUUUAAAAAAACACCACUUCAAAAAGUAGGCUACCUGCGUAUGUUCAUCCACUAAAAAGAGCAAUCACACCAUUUGAUGAACCAAAAAGUGAAAUGACAUUUGGCGAUUCAUGCGUGUUGCUGACAAAAAUAUGUUUUUUUGUAGAAAGAAACGUUGGGACACCUGAAAAGGGGCUGAAAUACAGAACUGUCAGCCGCGAGCUGCCCGGAGACAUCAAUGAGAUGACCUGGGAACUCAAAAUCAGACCAAAUUCACUAGACGACUAAGGACCUUAUUCCAACUGUGUGCAGCAACACUUCAUUCAAACGCUACUUCACCGAGAAGGGCAAUCUCAUUGCUGAGCCAAUGUAGAAACUGCACCUUCAGGAUUGCAUGACUUCUUUCCUUGCCUGGAUUUCAGCACACAGUCAGAUCUACCAGGACAGAGUAUGCCAUCUGCAUCUUUCCACAGAAUUCUACGACCAUUUCUACUUGGCACCUUUCUACUGGGCUGUUUUGUGACUCUGGUUUUGAUGUACUUCAAACCGUCAACUAGCUGGCUAUCAGGUCCUGUAGAGUCAACCGCAUCCACUAUCCAAGUUAAAAAUCUCUUCUCUACCAAGGGUGACAAAAACCUUACCACUGUACUCGUCUGGCUCUGGCCCUUUGGACAGACCUAUGACCUGGGUGUCUGCAGCUCUCUGUUCAACAUCGAGGGCUGUUUCAUCACAGCAGAUCGGAACCUAUAUAAUAAGUCAGAUGGGGUCGUCAUACAUCACAGGGAUAUCUGUACUGAUCUCUCCAACCUGCCCCCCCUUCAGCGUCCCUCCUUCCAAAAGUGGAUAUGGAUGAACCUAGAGUCACCAUCCCACUCCUCUCAGCUGCCCGGUAUUGAAAACUUGUUCAAUUUAACUUUGAACUAUCGUCAGGAUGCUGAUAUCGAAGUGCCUUAUGGGUCGAUUGUGACGGCCCAAGGGGACGAGGAUUUCGUGCCACCGAGCAAAAGCAAGUUGAUCUGCUGGAUUGUCAGCAACUGGAACCAGGAUCACGUGCGAGUGAAGUACUACAAUGAGCUCUAUAAACAUAUUGAGGUUCACGCUUAUGGACAAGCCUUUGGAGAGUACAUUGCAGAUCAAGAAUACUUUCCUACCAUCGCCAGUUGUAAAUUCUACUUGGCGUUUGAGAACUCAAUUCACAAAGACUACAUCACAGAGAAACUGUAUAACCCACUCUCUGUAGGGACGGUGCCUGUGGUUUUAGGUCCCCCAAGACAGAACUACGAGAACUUUGUCCAGGGGGAAGCCUUUAUCCAUGUGGAUGACUUCACCUCACCCAAGGAGCUGGCUGAUUAUCUCCUGCUCUUGGACAGGAAUGAGGAAAUGUAUCUCAGAUACUUUGAGUGGCGACGGCACUUUAAAGUGAAAAAGGCAUACUUCUGGGCCGAACACACAUGCCUCGCUUGUGAUCAUCUCAAAAGGCACAAGGAGUACAAGGCAUUCAAUAACCUUGAUAAAUGGUUUUGGGGUGGAAUGCCUUGAAGGGCCAUGAAAUUGUUGUUUUGCAGUUGGAGGCAUUGCUUUAAAAUAUAUUCAGUCAUGAUGUAUUUGACAUUGUCAAUGACAAUGUUCCAACAUGUUUUUCUCACUGGUUAUAGGGGCCCAAAUAAGCCAUUCUCUUUUUUUAUUUUGAUGCCAGACAGAUUUGCUCAGCCUUAAUUUGUCUCUUGCAUUUCAAUUCAAUCAUGAUUUAUGUUGUCAUUUGCAAUGCAUUUAAUAUUUGUUUCAUAAAAUCUCACUUUUAUACAUGACCAAAAGUAUGUGGACACCUGCUCGUCGAACAUCUCAUUCCAAAAUCAUGGGCAUUAAUAUGGAGUUGGAUCCCCUUUUCUGCUAUAAUA